AUGAACCCCCACUUUGUUGGGAUCCUGCUCAGCACCCUGCUGGGGGCUGCCUGGGGAAGCCGCAUGCGGUGCUAUGACUGCAGCGGAAGCCCCAGCAGCUCCUGCAAAGAGACUGUGACCACCUGUGGAGAGGGCCAACGCUGUGGCUUCCUGGACCGCAGACCCCAACUGGGCCUGGGACAGAUCAAGCUAUCUGGGAAUCCCUCAGUGACCUUGAUUCGUCAACAUCCAGCCUGCGUGGCAGCCCAUCAUUGCAAUCAAGUGGAAACAGAGUCGGUGGGAGACGUGACUUACACAACCCGUAGGGACUGCUGCCUUGGAGACCUGUGCAAUAGCGCCGUGGCAAGCCACGUGGCCCCUGCCUGCAUCUUGGCUGCAGCAGCUACCGCCCUGGCCUGGCUCUUGCUGGGACUAUGGAGUGGGUAG